GCUGAAAGUUAUCCGCUGGGUCGCAGCUCGUUGUCGCGAUAACUAAGCUAAAAUGAAAUAAAUUGCUCGUUUUUUACUGGCUUCCGUGAAGUAAACUUUUAGUUUAAACUCGUAUUAAACUUCUUAACAGUUCUUAACAGUUGUAGGGUUUUUACAUAGCAAACGUCGGGCUGCUAAUUUUGUUAGCAUCAACAUGGAGGUGAGACCAGCAGUCCUGAAGGAUCUAAACCUGACACCAGAUGAAAUCGACAGAUUCACCAAAGCUUUCAAAGAUGACAACUUCAGGAAAAUGCUGCACGAUUACGCACAGGAAAUAUCAGAUCCAGAGAAUAAGAAAAAGUAUGAAGAAGAGAUUAAACGUUUGGAGGAAGAGAGGGGAAUCGGUGUCGAGUUUAUCCACCCUCAACCAUUCAGAGCUCUCAGGACGAAGGUGAACGGUAAGCAGAAAUGCUACAUCAACAUCUGUGCCAACGAUAAAGUCGAUAAGCCUGAAUGUAAGCGCGAGGUUUCGGAGAAUGGUCAGAGGGGUCAACAGUGGUCCCUGCCUCACACUUUGCAUCCUGGCAGAGAAGACAGAGCUCCAAAAGGAAGCAAGUUUGUGGUCUAUGAUGUUGUCUUCCACCCAGACACUCUUCACAUAGCAAGAAAAAACAAGCGAUUCAUGGAUAUUGUGAUCAAUACAGCUAUUCAGGGAAUCCAGGACACUUUCAAUGUCAUACUCGACAAAAACCUGAAGGAGAUGAGCAUCCCAUACAAAGGCAGACCACAGCCAUGUUUAAUUCGUAAACCUAUACCUGGAUUUAAAACCAAGCAGACUGGCCCUCUUGGCUUCCCAUACCCUGAUGAAGACUGUUCCACCAUGUCCUCUACAAAAAAGAACACAGACUCUCCUACAAGGAAAACCAAAGGUGACCCCAAAAUUGUCCAAACCCUGCUUCAGAAAACCAAAGAGCCAACUGAGCCACACUACACAGUCAAGUAUCGGUCCUUUAUCGACCUGCAAGACUUCAGAUUUUCCAGAGACUCUGCCCAGAGCCCCAGACCUAAAGAGAUUGUAGUAACUGUUGAUGUGCCACUUUUGACGUCGGUAGCAGACACCAGCCUCGAGGUGAAUGGGAGAAACCUGAUGCUGGAGGCCAAAGAACCAGCCUACAGACUGGAGGUGGUCUUAGCUUACCCUGUGGAUGAGGAUAAAGGACAAGCAAAGUUCAAUAAACAGAGAGGACAGCUGACUGUCACAUUACCAGUUCUUGCAUCCAAUAAAGAUUUUGAUUUCACUGCCGGGCUCAAGCAGGAAGUCAGUGACCUUCAUACGUUCAGUGAUGAUGAGGAGCUGCAGAGGCAAAGUGAUAAAACUGAAAUUCAGACACAGAGAGACGAUGAAGAGGAACAGAAAGAGCUGGAGAAUGGCGCUUGGGAAUGGCAAAAAGAACAGGAGGGCAGAGAAAAGCAAAAAGAGCCAGUGUGCAGCACUCCUGGGUGGGUGAAGGAGCCAGAGUGCGAAGUGCGGCAAAAAGAGCUGGAAAGCAAAGCUCUGGAGCGGCAAAAAGGGCCGGAGUACAGAGGAUGUCAAAAAGAGCCAGAGUGCGAAGUGCUGAAGUGGCAAAAAGAACUGAAAUACAGAACUCUGGAACGGCAAAAAAAGCAGAUGAAGGAAAUUCUUGUAGACACAGAAGAGAAAAAUAAAAUUAAAUUGAAGGAACAUGAAAUGCAGAAAGAAAAAUAUGACAAAGACAAAAAUGAAGAGGAAGCGACUAUAUGGAAGGGGCAGAAAAAUGAGGAGGGAGGAGAUGAGGAAAAUAUGAGGAAGCAAAAAAUUAAGAACCAACAGAAUGUAGUAAGCAAAGAAAAUGCUGCUGAGGAGAAAUUGAAGGGAUGUCAAAAUGACACAGAGGAGGAAGUUAGAAUAAAGGGAGAGCAGAUGUGGCAGGACCAGGAUGGAGAAGUUCAUGAGGGGGAAUCAAACACUGCAAAUCUAAACCAAGUAUCCAGCAAAGAGCCAUCCAUGCCAGCUGAAGAACUUGUCCAUGGUUUGGUAAAGGAGGUGUACGAGGAAGACACAGAUGAAGAUGACCUGAAAACACAGCAGCACAUCCAAACCCCACAGGGUGCUAAUUUACCACCUGCCUUUUUAAGAGAAAUCGAUACAGAUGGAAAUGUGAAAACCAUCAGUGAUCAUACCACAUCUGCUGGAUUCACCUUCCAGAACACUCUGCUCUAUCAACUCGACUGAGUUCCAGUGAUGCGAAGCUUAAAACAUUCUCACAAGUACAAGCCAUGAUGUUACUCUAACUGCUGACCUGUGACCCUGAUGCUUGUUCCUCAUCAUUGGAUCCUGAUCACUCAUCUUUGACUGCUGACCUUUAAUCCUAUUUCCUUUGAUUCAGUUCACUGAUCAUUUAUAUCUGAACCUUGCCAUGGAGGUUAUGUUUUCAUUGCCACCUGUCUUGUUUGGCCAGUAAUUAAUGUCACUGGGAUCAGGAUCAAUAGGCAGAUCAGGCUUUUGAACCCAAUGAUGUUGAUUAGAGUGUCAAACCCAUUAAGAAUUAAACUCAGCAAUAAAGAUGAAAGGUUAGAUCACACCAAAGGAGUAUUAGAUCACUAACUUACAAGUGCCUAGUUACUGCAAGUUCCUCAGGUUAAACAGUAACUAAGCUCCUCUUACUCUUGGUCCCCUACUUACUUUAAAGUCACAGUUACAGUUACUCUCAAGAUUCCCAGUUAGCUUCAACCAAUCAGUUACAGCAGGUACUGUUAUUUAUACAGUUUACUGAGUUCAAUCAGAUCUACUACUACUACUUACUACUACUACUUUAAGUUAUGUACCUUUGAUAAUUGAUCAAAGGGAAGAUCUGCCCCUUGAUCCGGUUCAAAAUAUAAUAAGUUUGAGCUUAGCCCUACAUCAAUCUCUGCAAAAAUUUAAUUAAAAUCUAUUCAUGUGUUUUGGCAAUAUCCUGGUCAUAACUGAACUGACAGACAACAAUAAUAAUAAUAAUAAAAAAAAAACAAAUCUCCUCAGCAGAUGUAGUAAUAAAUAUAACUUGCAAGCUAGAUUAAAUUUUUUUAAAUCAUUUUUUCAAAGCAGCGAGACUGAUGCUUUUAAUGCUCUGUGUCCGACAAAUAUAAACGCAAGUCUGCAGUAAUUUCUGAGGAGAGUUUUUGUUUCUGCUGUAUUUGGUUCAUGAUAAUUGUCACCCAGAAGCUCACUGAACUUUUGUUUAUUUCACGUUAUUCAUUAAAGAAUUAUGUAUUUCCCCCUUUUACCUGCUAAGAUGAUGUCAGUCAGUACUCAGGUACACAAAUCCAUUUCUGUCACUCAAACAAAUAGUUAGAAAUGUAGAUAAAAGGUCACCACUGCCUCAAAACAUGCAAUAAUGCUCCACAAUGGGAACAAUGAGGUUGCAGUGGUGUCUGUUCAGGGAUUGGCUGAAUCAAAAAACACCUUUUAGACAUGAACGUCAUAUCCCACAACGAAACUCUGCAGAUCAUCUGGAACAAUUUCCUAAAAAGUCUGUAAUGACAGUGUUAUGAAGCAACACCUCCACAUUGUAUUCAUCAAUCAUGAGUCACGGCUCAAGUGAUGUAAGGAGUCACACUGCCAGUAAACACAAAAGGUUUGCAACACACCUACAGAAGAUGUUUCUGUGUGCAGUGCUGUGUGUUGCAAUACACACUACAUCUCCUACUGUAGACAAGUUUUUGUUUUUUGACAAAUAGAACUGAACAGAUUGCAAAUAUUGCUAAAAUAUUAUUUCCCCAAACGUGCCGUCAUGUUUGAACAGGGCUGUAAUGAACAUGAGAUGCACAUUUUAGUGUUUAAUGCUUGUAAUUUUAGUUUGCGUGUAUGAAAACUGAUUUUUACGUAUAAACUCAAAAACCACACUGCCGUCAUGAUUUAACACAUCAUGAUGUAUGCUGUACCUUGCUCAAGCAAAUGUCGACAGCAGGUUCCUUUAAUCUCAUGGUGGCCUUGCCUUCAUCCACAAACCAUGUGAAGAACUUCUCUAUGUUGCCUUUUAGCUGCAAUAGAAAGAAAAAAG